UUACCCUGAGAGUGACCGAGCACUGGAACAGGUUGCCCAGAGAGGUUGUGGAGCGUCCAUCCGUGGAGAAAUCCAGAAGCUGUCUAGGUGAAAGGACUUGUGAAGCAGCACAUAGAUUCGUUCAACUAUUUCAUCAAUGUAGAGAUAAAGAAAAUCAUGAAGGCCAACGAGAAAGUGACAAGUGAUGCUGAUCCAAUGUGGUACUUGAAGUACCUCAAUAUCUAUGUGGGUACUCCAGACGUGGAAGAAAGCUUUAAUGUGACACGACCCGUAUCACCUCAUGAGUGCCGCCUGAGAGAUAUGACGUAUUCUGCCCCGAUUACAGUGGACAUUGAAUAUACACGAGGUAGCCAGAGGAUCAUCCGCAAUGCGUUACCCAUUGGCAGAAUGCCUAUAAUGCUGCGUAGCUCAAAUUGUGUUCUUACUGGGAAAACUCCAGCAGAAUUUGCCAAACUUAAUGAAUGUCCUUUAGAUCCAGGUGGCUAUUUCAUUGUUAAAGGGGUUGAGAAAGUCAUUCUUAUUCAAGAGCAGUUAUCCAAAAACAGAAUCAUUGUGGAGGCUGAUAGAAAAGGCACGGUUGGCGCUUCUGUUACCAGUUCCACUCAUGAGAAGAAGAGCAGAACAAAUAUGGUUGUGAAACAAGGAAGGUUUUACCUGAGGCAUAACACUCUGUCAGAAGAUAUUCCCAUUGCUAUCAUAUUUAAGGCCAUGGGUGUUGAGAGUGACCAAGAGAUUGUACAGAUGAUUGGCACAGAGGAACAUGUCAUGGCUGCGUUUGCUCCUAGUCUGGAAGAAUGUCAAAAAGCUCAGAUUUUUACACAGAUGCAGGCAUUGAAGUACAUUGGAAACAAGGUACGAAGGCAGAGGAUGUGGGGAGGCCCAAAGAAAACAAAGAUGGAAGAAGCUCGAGAGCUGCUAGCAUCAACUAUUCUGACCCAUGUUCUUGUGAAGGAAUUCAAUUUUCGUGCCAAAUGCAUUUACACAGCAGUAAUGGUGCGCAGAGUAAUUCUGGCCCAAGGAGAAAAUAAAGUGGAUGACAGAGAUUACUACGGAAAUAAACGUUUGGAGUUGGCUGGGCAGCUUCUUUCUCUUCUGUUUGAAGAUUUGUUCAAAAAAUUUAACUCUGAACUGAAAAAGAUAGCUGACCAGGUAAUCCCCAAGCAACGAGCAGCUCAGUUUGAUGUAGUGAAGCAUAUGCGUCAAGACCAGAUCACCAAUGGCAUGGUCAAUGCCAUUUCCACAGGAAAUUGGUCUCUGAAAAGAUUCAAAAUGGACCGCCAAGGUGUGACGCAAGUAUUGUCCCGCUUAUCUUAUAUAUCUGCUCUGGGAAUGAUGACUAGAAUCUCUUCUCAAUUUGAAAAGACAAGAAAAGUGAGUGGUCCUCGAUCUCUACAGCCAUCUCAGUGGGGGAUGCUCUGUCCAUCUGACACUCCUGAAGGAGAGGCUUGUGGUUUGGUUAAAAACCUUGCCCUCAUGACUCAUAUUACUACAGAUAUGGAAGAUGGCCCGAUUAUUAAAUUAGCCAGUAAUCUUGGAGUUGAAGAUGUCAACUUGCUCUGUGGUGAAGAACUUUCAUAUCCAAACGUGUUCCUUGUUUUCCUUAAUGGUAACAUCCUUGGUGUCAUACGAGAUCAUCAGAAACUAGUCAACACGUUUCGGAUAAUGCGGCGAGCAGGUUAUAUCAACGAAUUUGUUUCCAUCUCUACAAAUCUUUCUGACAGAUGUGUCUACAUUUCCUCUGAUGGAGGGAGAUUGUGCAGACCCUAUAUAAUUGUAAAGAAGCAAAAACCUGCAGUUACAAACAAGCAUAUGGAAGAACUGGCUCAAGGAUACAGGAAUUUUGAAGACUUUUUGCACGAAGGCCUUGUUGAAUAUUUGGAUGUGAAUGAAGAAAAUGAUUGUAACAUUGCUCUGUAUGAACAUACAAUUAAUAAAGAUACAACACAUCUGGAGAUUGAGCCUUUCACGCUUCUUGGUGUCUGUGCUGGGCUGAUUCCGUAUCCUCACCACAACCAGUCCCCAAGAAAUACUUAUCAGUGUGCCAUGGGGAAACAAGCAAUGGGUACUAUUGGAUACAAUCAAAGGAACAGGAUAGAUACUCUUAUGUAUCUUUUAGCAUAUCCACAAAAGCCGAUGGUAAAAACAAAAACAAUUGAACUCAUAGAUUUUGAGAAACUGCCUGCUGGACAGAAUGCCACAGUUGCCGUCAUGAGUUACAGUGGUUAUGAUAUCGAAGAUGCUCUUGUCUUAAACAAGGCCUCUUUGGACAGAGGAUUUGGGAGGUGUCUUGUCUAUAAAAAUGCCAAGUGUACACUGAAGCGUUACACUAAUCAGACGUUUGAUAAAGUAAUGGGACCGAUGUUGGAUGCAGCUACACGGAAGCCAAUCUGGCGCCAUGAGAUUUUAGAUGCUGAUGGUAUCUGCUCUCCAGGUGAAAAAGUAGAAAAUAAGCAAGUGCUUGUGAACAAAUCUAUGCCAACUGUGACCCAGACACCUCUGGAAGGAAGUAAUGUUCCUCAGCAGCCACAAUACAAAGAUGUGCCAGUAACCUACAAAGGUGCGACCGAUUCUUAUAUCGAAAAAGUUAUGAUUUCAUCAAAUGCAGAGGAUGCUUUUUUGAUCAAAAUGUUGCUGAGGCAAACUAGACGUCCAGAAAUUGGAGAUAAGUUUAGCAGUCGUCAUGGGCAGAAGGGGGUGUGUGGACUGAUUGUUCCUCAGGAGGACAUGCCAUUUUGUGAUACAGGAAUCUGUCCAGAUAUCAUAAUGAACCCUCAUGGCUUCCCAUCACGUAUGACGGUAGGAAAGUUAAUUGAACUCUUGGCUGGAAAGGCUGGGGUCCUAGAUGGCAGAUUUCACUACGGAACAGCUUUUGGAGGCAGUAAAGUUAAGGAUGUGUGCGAAGAUCUUAUUCGCCAUGGUUAUAACUACCUAGGGAAGGACUACGUAACAUCUGGUAUCACUGGGGAGCCUUUGGAAGCAUAUAUCUAUUUUGGUCCUGUCUAUUACCAGAAGCUAAAGCACAUGGUGUUGGAUAAAAUGCAUGCAAGAGCUCGAGGACCCAGAGCAGUGCUUACCAGGCAACCCACUGAAGGUCGAUCCCGUGAUGGUGGUUUACGUCUGGGAGAGAUGGAACGAGAUUGUUUGAUAGGUUAUGGAGCCAGCAUGCUUUUACUGGAGAGACUGAUGAUUUCAAGUGAUGCCUUUGAAGUGGAUGUUUGUGGGCAGUGUGGCUUGCUGGGAUACUCUGGCUGGUGCCACUACUGCAAGUCAUCGUGUCACGUGUCUUCUCUGCGCAUACCUUAUGCCUGUAAACUCUUAUUCCAAGAACUGCAGUCAAUGAAUAUCAUACCUCGGCUAAAACUAGCCAAAUACAAUGAAUGAGCAAGAAGAAAUUAAAAUCCAGCAUAACUGGAAGAUAUUUUGGUGAAUGGGAAUAAAACCACCUGAACGGGUAGAAGGGAGAUACAAGACACUUGUAUGAAGUCUUUCUUGCAUCUUUUGCCUGUUUUUAAGUUGACAGGCGAGACUGUCAGUAAGAGCAAUCCUGAAGCUUUGAUUAGCCUGAGAGAACAGGAUGUGUGGGCAUUGUGGGAUAAGGCCAUGAUCCAGCAGAGCACAUGCGUAACUUUCAAACAUGUGAUAACCCCAUGCUUGGUUUCACUAAGUGGAACGGGGGCUUGAGCCGAGCUUAAGUGCACAUCUUAUUCAUAUAGGUUAAAAUCAUGUUUUCCAGACCAGUGGAAUAUGGAAGACUAAUAAAUGUUUUAAAUAAUACUGCCUGAAUGUAUGUGCUAAUGGCUGUAGAAGGAUGGUAAAGACUUCUUAAAAUCUUUUAAAACAUUUUCUUAUUCCUUAAGCAUUUUCUUAAGCAUUGUUAAAGCAUUAAGAUUUUGUUAAGUAUUAUCUGGUUUAGAGAAACGAAAGAAUACUUUCUAGAGAACUUUAAAUGGGUCAUUUUGAGAGGGAUUUGAAUAUGCAGGUGAAGGUGCAUUUGUGUGAAAGCUGUGGUGUGAUUAUAGUCAGUGUGUCUUCAGUUAAACAUAUUCCGUUUCCAUGAAGUUCAAGAGAGGUGACUGCAUGUGCGCUAAAUGCAGGGUACAGCUUACAGAUAACCAUUAAAUUCCAUUUGAGUUUAGCAGUUCUAGUAACGUGCUGGCUCCAAGCCCUGAAAAGACAGGCUGCAAACACUACAGACACUGAUGUACACUCUCCUAGGACUUUAGAAUUUUUUAAAAUACGGGGCUAGCCAAAGCUUUAAAAAUAUACUAUAAAGAACAACCAGUCCUCCACUGACAGUGAAGCAGGGUUGAAAAACCUUAAAGGAUUUAGAAAGAGAACAGCUGAACUUUUUAUGAGAUAUAAGGCCUAAAGCUAAAGCAGUGGAUGAACUAAGAGUUCACUUAGUACCAUACAGAUCACUUGAGCCCUUACUCAGCAAAGCACAUGGUUAACUCUUUAAGCACAGUAGUAGUCCCACUGAGGUCAAGAUGAAGUAUGUGCAUGUUCAGUUGCUCUCUGAUUCCUCAAAUGGCUGAAUAGUGCAUGCCAGUCCCGACACUGUUUUUGCAGUCAGGUUGCUGCUAUUUGUUCUGCUGCUUAGGAAGCACAGAUGUGUAUCAGCCCUCAAGAAUUACUGAAUAGGUCUGCUUUCUAAGCUGUCAUCAAAAUGCUUAAACUAGUAGCUUUGUGUCUGGGCUUACAAACCAAGUUCGAAGGGGCAGACUUUAGUCCAGCUGUGAAAAAUGGAGAGUAAUGACAAUACAGAUACUUAGAACAGCACAUUUGGAUUGGAAAAAGCUCUUGAGGCAUCCCUUCCAGGAUCUGAAUGGCUCAGCGCUAUUAAUAAAGACUUAAUGACAGAAUUAUGUACAGCAACUGUUGCCAAACUGGAGGAAGAGGUUAACCAAAAGCCCCAACCAAAUCAAUGAACUUUGCUUUGCUCCCUGAGACUGCCACACUGAGGCUCAGGUGCACCACCAGAGGGAGUGAGCCUCAAAGGCUGCAGCCUACCAGUGGGGGAGAGUUUUGACCUGGAUCUAGAACACCUUAUCCUAAGGGUAGUUUCCUUGCUAGCUAGUCCUCUCUCAGCAGUCCCCUAGGUUAGAAAGUCUGAGCUACAGUUCAUGCAGGACAUCAAAGACUAAGCAAUGGGUAAAAUGACAGCUGCAGAAAUUUAAGUAGACGCAGAAGAGGAUGAGGAGCAAAAGGAGUGUGCUCAUGACUCAUCCUGUUGAGAAAGCCGUUUUUUUGUGCAACCCUGAAGGGAUAACUUUGCAGCUGGUUUACCUCAAGCUGUUGAAAGCAUGGCAAUAGCUUUUGAGUAGGUUUUGUGAGAGCAGGUGAAGGAAAUCGUCUGAAGUAGCUGAAGGUAAAGAAAAGGACAACCUUAGCAGUGAUGGACGCAGUAGAACACAGAAACUAGACGUGUCUGGCAGUGAGGAUCAUCCCCUAUUUACUAUUCUGGUGAUGUCUACAUCAGUUUCAUUCACACAUCAUUGCUGUCCUACCUAAGCCUGUGCAUACACAGCUGGCAUAUGUGAGUGUAGAUUUGCGUUGACACUGCCUGUCUCUCUUCAAGAGGCUACCUGUGUUCCAUCUCUGGUAUUAGCAAUAGAAUAAGCAUUACAAAACCAGCAGAAGAAACUGAAAGAACAGUUAUGGACUCCUGGAAUAUGGUAGUCAGAGUGGUAAUUCAAAGAAGUAACCUAUUGCAAC